CUUGAUGAUGGACGGCUGUGGACUUUGGGGAGACGCCGUCACGCUUUACAGCAGGUACCAGGUUUGCUGGGUGGCGUGACGUAACGGGGCAGGUGUGGCUCGUGACAGCCCAGUUCAGGAAGUGAAUCUGCAGGAAUGAUCAGAAAGUCAACAGAAGGGUGACGUACAGUGUAAUCCUUAGGGUACUGGAGCGGACUGAACUUUUUUUUGUAUUUUAAACGCGUGAAUAACACGGCCGGUGGAAAUGCUUAUUAAGGAGUACCGUGUGAUUGUGCCUGUCUCUGUGGAUGAGUACAAAGUAGGCCAGCUGUACUCUGUGGCGGAGGCCAGUAAGAAUGAGACGGGUGGUGGGGAGGGGGUGGAGGUUCUGAAGAAUGAGCCGUAUGAAAAUGAUGGAGAAAAGGGCCAGUAUACACACAAGAUCUACCACUUGCGGAGUAAAGUUCCUUCGUUCGUGCGAAUGCUGGUUCCGUCCUCCGCACUGAAAAUUCACGAGAAGGCCUGGAACGCCUACCCCUACUGCCGCACCAUAAUUACAAAUGAGUACAUGAAGGAUAACUUCCUGAUCAAGAUCGAGACGUGGCACAAGCCGGACCUUGGCACCCAGGAGAACGUGCACGGUCUUGAUGCAGACACUUGGAAGAAGGUUGACGUGGUCCACUUAGACAUUGCUGACAGAAACCAAGUGGACGCAAAGGACUACAAGCCAGAAGAAGAUCCAGCCUCUUUCAAAUCUGUGAAGACCGGCCGAGGGCCGCUGGAUGCUGACUGGCAGAAAGAGCUCUCCACGACGGACUGCCCUUACAUGUGCGCCUACAAGCUGGUCACUGUGCAGUUCAAGUGGUGGGGGCUGCAGAACAGGGUGGAGAACUUCAUCCAUAAGCAAGAGAAGCGGCUGUUCACAAACUUCCACAGGCAGCUAUUCUGCUGGAUCGACAAGUGGAUUGAGCUGUCGAUGGAGGACAUUCGCCACAUGGAGGAGGACACCUCCCGGCAGCUGGACCAGAUGCGAGAGAAGGACCCAGUGAAGGGGAUGGUGGUGACAGAGGACUGAGGGGGGUGAGACUGCAGCUCUCAGGUGACCCAGCGUGCAUAGCUGAAGGGCAGAUGCACAGCACCAGCAGCAUGACCUCCACGUUGAUGUCUACAGGGUUCAGACCCCCCCAACUCCCCUUUCAUUUGUCCUUUUUUAAUAUGACUUCACCUGCAGGGAAUUUCUGCACAAUCAAACUCUAACGCUGACCAGGCAGAGAAGUAUGGCCAUUAGUAUCUGUUCAGGUGCUUGUACAUCAUUUGUUAAUAACAGUUGCAUUUGUAGAGGUUAAUAUCACUGAAAUGUUUAUAUAUUAAUAGCACAAAGUGUGAACUGUUGGUAAUUAUUCAUGUGUUGUACACAGAGUGUUUGUUUUGGGUUUAUUUUUAAUCAUUUCAGUUCUGUUCACCUGCCAUCUAUACUGCUGGUUACAUGUUUACAAACCUCUCAUAUACAUGAAUACAUACUCGGAUGUACUUUGGGGUGACGGACAUUUGGGUCCUUUGGGUCUUUCCCCGGACCUGCACUGUAAUGCUGGCAUGUGAAUCAUGGUGUCAAUAUCAAAACAAUGUUCACGUUUUAUACUCUGUUUAACUUGUCGGGAGUGAUCAUGUGUUCAUCUUAAAUUGUUUUACUGAUUUCAUGUGUUUUUUAAUGUCUGUUGCUGUAUUGGACGUAUCGCACCAAGGACUGAGUUGGAUUGUAACUUGCAGAGAAAUGCUGUAAAUAUCAUACCCUUUCUGGGUGUACUUUAAGGUCCAUUUUGACUGUUAAGCUGCCCCUUAUUUUAAUUUACUUAUGUGAGAGGCUUUCUCUCACGUCGUUUCUGGGAUGCAGUAGGAAAUAUAGAUGGCAGGUCUCCUUUCUAUGUUUGCCUGAGUUCCAUUUUUUUGCCAACAAAAUGUUUACAGGUGACAGUCGCUGAAAUGAGGUUGUAUAUGGUGCCUCCUGUUAGCAAUCCAGCCAUUUCGCUGAUGUGGCCCCCACCUGAUUUGUAGCGUUUUCUACAGGGGAGACUGAUAAAUACAUAUGAAGUCAAAAUCCUCUUCUCUCUGGCCUUCGAUGAGUGCAAGGAGCCUGUGUAUGGUAUGAUGCUUAGGCAGGCAGAAACACACAGGAGAAAAAUGAGGAAUUUGGUGAGAAUGCCCUGGCUUAACUGGAAUAUGAGGAGAUAAGGGCAGAAUAAUAUGAAGCUCUUUUAAAAACUGGGGUAUGAACAGAAGCAAAAUUUUAAUAAAUGUGUCGGUAAUGUUGAAAUAUUUUGUAAGGCCACAAGGUGGGGCUGCGGCGUAAUGAGUGAUCUGGUUCAGACAGAGAAGAAGAGCGCGGCGCAGUGGAUAGGCGCGCGGAGGCUUAUCGCUUGCAAUAAACAGCAUAUUGUUAA